CCCAACUGCAGACGGUUCCGCCUCCCAUUCACCAGCGCCCCGUUCCGUCUUGUUCUCAUGUGUUGAUGCCGUCCUCCAUCCUCCUCACCUCCAUCCUACCUGAAGCUCUUUGAAACCAACUCUGUGACAAAGUGCUCCAACCAUGGCCUACACGACCGCGGGUGGCACCAAGAAGAAGGUCUGCUACUACUACGACGGUGACAUCGGAAAUUACUACUAUGGACAAGGACAUCCCAUGAAACCACAUCGUAUCAGGAUGACUCACAACCUGCUGCUGAACUAUGGACUCUACAGGAAAAUGGAGAUCUAUAGACCACACAAAGCCACUGCAGAGGAGAUGACCAAAUACCACAGUGAUGACUACAUCAAGUUUCUGCGAUCAAUCCGGCCAGACAACAUGUCCGAGUUCAGCAAGCAGAUGCAGCGCUUCAACGUUGGAGAGGACUGUCCCGUGUUCGAUGGCUUGUUUGAGUUCUGCCAGCUCUCCGCUGGUGGAUCUGCUGCUGGCUCGGUGAAAUUAAACCGACAGCAGACGGAUAUCGCCGUGAACUGGGCUGGAGGACUUCACCAUGCCAAGAAGUCUGAAGCCUCUGGAUUCUGCUAUGUCAACGACAUCGUGCUCGCCAUCCUGGAGCUGCUUAAGUACCACCAGAGGGUGCUGUACAUCGACAUAGAUAUCCACCACGGAGACGGAGUAGAGGAGGCCUUCUACACCACAGACCGGGUCAUGUCUGUGUCCUUCCAUAAAUACGGAGAGUACUUCCCUGGAACCGGAGACCUCAGGGAUAUCGGAGCUGGUAAAGGCAAAUAUUACGCCGUCAACUUCCCGCUGCGUGACGGCAUCGAUGACGAGUCAUACGAGCAAAUCUUCAAACCUGUGAUGGCCAAGGUGAUGGAGAUGUACCAGCCCAGCGCCGUGGUCCUUCAGUGCGGCGCAGACUCUCUGUCAGGAGACCGCCUCGGCUGCUUCAACCUCACCAUCCGCGGCCACGCCAAGUGUGUGGAGUACAUGAAGUCCUUCAACCUCCCGCUGCUCAUGCUGGGUGGAGGAGGAUACACCAUCCGCAACGUGGCCCGCUGCUGGACCUAUGAGACCGCUGUAGCUCUGGACACAGACAUCCCUGAUGAGCUGCCGUACAACGACUACUUUGAGUACUUCGGGCCCGACUUCAAGCUACACAUCAGCCCCUCCAAUAUGACCAACCAGAACACGCAGGAGUACAUGGACAAGAUCAAGCAGCGACUGUUUGAGAACCUGCGGAUGCUGCCUCACGCUCCCGGAGUGCAGAUGCAGGCGAUCCCUGAGGACGCCAUCCCAGACGACACUGUGGACGAGGACACGGAGGAUCCUGACAAACGCCUGUCCAUCCGCGCUACAGAUAAGAGGAUCGCCUGUGACGAGGAGUUUUCUGACUCUGAGGACGAGGGUGAGGGAGGCAGGAGGAAUGUGGCCAAUCACAAGAAGGGAGUGAAGCGGCCCCGAGUGGAUGAAGAGAAGAAGGAAGGAGAGGAGAAGAAGCCCGAAAUCAAAGAGGAGGAGAAGACAAAGGACAACAACGCUGAGAAGACGGACUUAAAAAGUGUGAAGACGGAGCAGACGAGCAGUGCCUGAACUGUUGGUUUCAUCCACACUCACAUGCACAACACACACACACAGAAUGGUGCUGUCUUCUUCUUCAAGGACCAAACUCAUCACUGAAUCAUAAUCAGAAGCAUUAUAUUUAUUAUGACUCUCCCUUUUCUACUUGUAAAUCUCUUGUGAACGGUAAGUGUCCCUCUGUGGUUAAGCGUCAUCAGCUAGAAUCCACCACUUGAAUUUGCAGCAUUAUGUCCUUUGAUACCCUCUGAAUCAUUUUAUUCCAAUGUGCUCGAUCUUCUGAAGGAAACCUCGACUUGUUUUUUAGGCAACAGUGGGUAGAGGAGCCCUAUAAUGAUUACAUGUUUUAAAUUUUAAUAUUUUGCAUUGUCAAUAAACUUUUUAUA